AUGCCCCGCAACCACGGCGGCGGGGAGGAGGGCAGCUCCGCGGGGCUCUGGGUGAAGAGCGGCGCGGCGGCGGGUAUGAAGGAUGUGGAGUCGGGCCGGGGCAGGGCGCUGACGAGCUCGGCGGCCCGCGGCGACGGCCUGCUGCUCCUGGGCACCGGCGGCACGGCCGCCCCCGCCGGGCUGCGGGAGGGCCGCCGCGGGAAGCACGGUGCCCGCAUGAGCCUUCUGGGGAAGCCGCUGUCGUACAGCAGCGGGCCGAGCUGCCGCAGGAACGCCAAGUACCGCCGGCUGCAGAACUACCUGUACAACGUGCUGGAGCGGCCCCGAGGAUGGGCCUUCGUCUAUCACGCCUUCGUUUUUCUCCUUGUGUUUGGUUGCUUGAUUUUGUCCGUGUUUUCUACUAUUCCUGAACACACAAAACUUGCCUCUGGUUGUCUCUUCAUUUUGGAAUUUGUCAUGAUUGUUGUCUUUGGUUUGGAAUUUAUUAUUCGUAUCUGGUCUGCUGGAUGCUGUUGUCGAUACCGAGGAUGGCAAGGAAGACUGCGCUUUGCAAGGAAACCAUUCUGUGUAAUAGACAUCAUUGUUCUCAUCGCUUCAAUAGCAGUUGUUUCUGCAAAAACUCAGGGUAACAUUUUUGCAACAUCAGCACUGAGAAGUCUUCGUUUCCUACAGAUCCUUCGUAUGGUGCGUAUGGACCGAAGAGGAGGCACUUGGAAAUUAUUAGGUUCAGUAGUUUAUGCACAUAGCAAGGAAUUAAUCACAGCCUGGUACAUAGGAUUUUUAGUACUCAUCUUUUCAUCUUUCCUGGUUUAUCUGGUGGAAAAAGAUGCAAAUACCCAAUUCUCCACAUAUGCAGAUGCUCUCUGGUGGGGCACAAUCACAUUGACAACCAUUGGUUACGGAGACAAAACUCCUCUUACUUGGCUUGGAAGGCUGCUUUCUGCAGGAUUUGCUCUACUUGGCAUUUCUUUCUUUGCACUACCUGCUGGCAUCCUUGGCUCAGGAUUCGCAUUGAAAGUGCAGGAACAGCAUCGUCAGAAACACUUUGAGAAAAGAAGGAAUCCAGCUGCAAGUCUAAUUCAGUGUGUAUGGCGUAGUUAUGCUGCUGAUGAGAAAUCGGUUUCCAUUGCUACCUGGAAGCCUCAUUUGAAGGCCUUGCAUACCUGCAGCCCUACAAAAAAAGAACAAGGGGAAUCUUCUAGCAGAAUUAUGAAAUUUCAUGUCGCAAAGAGAAAGUUUAAGGAAACACUUCGCCCAUAUGAUGUCAAAGAUGUCAUUGAACAGUAUUCAGCAGGUCAUCUAGACAUGUUAUGCAGGAUUAAGAGUCUUCAGUCACGCGUUGACCAAAUUCUUGGGAAAGGACAAAUCACAGCAGAUAAAAGAACCAGAGAAAAGAAUCCUGCAGAGAAUGAGACAACUGAUGACCUCAGUAUGUUAGGGCGGGUAGUCAAAGUGGAGAAACAGGUACAAUCCAUUGAGUCAAAAUUGGACUGUCUAUUAGAUAUUUAUCAACAAGUUUUGCGAAAAGGAUCUGCAUCUGCGCUCACUUUGGCUUCAUUUCAAAUGCCAGGUUUUGAAUGUGAGCAGACUUCUGAUUAUCAGAGUCCAUCAGACAGCAAAGAUUUAUCUAAUUCUGCACAAAUUAGUGGAUGUGUAUCCAGAUCAGCUAGUGCCAAUCUGCCUCGUGGCCUACAGCUUAUACUAACACCAAAUGAAUUUAGCACUCAGGCUUACUAUGCUUUCAGUCCAGCUAUGCAUAGUCAAGCAACACAAGUGCCAAAUGAUGGACCUGCAACAGUUAAUAAUACAUCAAACCAAAUAAACCAGGCAACCAAGCCAGCAACUCCGACAACAUUACAAAUACCACCUUUCUCAUCAAUGAAGCAUAUCAAUAAGCCUGAGCCUGUUCAUAUUAUUCCUGUAACCACACAGGAAAAUAUUUCCAAUGUCACCGCUUGCCUUGUUGCAUCAAAGGAUAAUGGACAAGUUGCACAGCCCAGUGCAACAAAGGAUCUCACGUGGAGAAAAAGUCUGGAUACAGAGGGGGAACCUUUGCUCUCAGUUAAACCUGUGGUGCAAAUGGACUUAGGAAAAUCUUUAUCUGUACAAAAUCUUAUACAGUCUACAGAAGAACUGAAUAUACAGAUUGCUGGCAGUGACUCCAGUGGUUCCAGAGGUAGCCAAGACGUAUACUCCAAAUGGAGGGAGUCGAAAUUAUUUAUAACUGAUGAAGAGUUGGAGACAGAGGCAGGAACAGAGACUACUGAAGCCAUCUCACGCCCAUUAGUGGAAACAACUCUCUCUGCUGACUCUCUAAGGACUGGAAUAUCAAGGUCAUCUCAAAGCAUCUGCAAGCCAGGGGAUGGUACAGAAGCACUCAAUCUGCUCCAUGUCAAACUUAAAUAACAGCUUGCUGGCUUUCUUCAUUGGCUGGUUCAUUCCUGUAGUCAUACAUAUCAUAGCAUGAACUGUUUUGAAAGCCUUUUUAAUAAGAUAAAAUCACAAAAAUCAGGAUGAAUCUGCAAAGCAGUUGAAUGAGCCCAUAUUUCCUAGCUGCAUGAAAAUGCAUGUUUAAGUGAUGGCUAGCAUCCAAAUUUACACCUACAGUAUGGCAGCCUUUGAUGAAAUACGGUAGGUUCAAAAUAAUGAGUUGCCUACAAAGCUAAUGCUGCAGGAUGUAUCAAAAAGAAAAAAAAAUCAAAAAUUUGAGCAUUUAGACAUAGUGCCGUCGCUACAGGGCAGAAGUAAAAAUUGUAAGGUUUAAAGCACUUUGCUUCUGAACUAAUUAAAUAUAUAUAUAUAAUGUCCUGGUUUAGAUGAUAGUUUAUGUUUACAACAAAAAAAUUAUCUACAGCUGCUAGCAAGGUACCAAGGAAAUCAGUAAUAUGGCUAGAAAUGCGGGGUUAGAAAUGGCUGCCAGUUGCAAGAUACACAUAUUUGCUCAUCAUUAAUCAGUUAUUUUUAGCUCUGAAAAACAAUAGAUUAACAUUCAUCCAAUUUUUGGUAAUUUAGUGCUGUGGCAGAAGCACCUGACACACCACUAUCACAUUGUUCUUCAUAAAAAGAAAACUAUUUUGCUACAAAAAGUUUGUAUUUUAAGGAUUGGGGCUGGCCUCAGAAGGGGAUAAUGCGGGUGGCUACACUGAGAAUUCAGGGGAAUCGCUCCUCCCAGUCUCAUUGAGAAGCUGUCUUGUGAAUCUGAACCAUUUUGGCAGCAAUAGGUGAGGGAAGGAAGCAGGUGCUGCCUUCAUGUUAGAAGCAAUAUUUCCUUCUGUGGAAAUUUGGCAAUUUUCCUUGCAGUCCCAGUCUGAUACUAUGACAGCACUUCAUAAGGCUGAGAAAGGAGGGAAAACAAGGAACUGAAAUACAAAGUAAAACUAAAGAGGACAGAACAGAGGAGAGAGAAAGACAACACAAUCAAUGUGGAAAUAAAUAAUAACACAGAUUUAGAUAGGCAGGAAGGGAAAUUAUCCCAUAAAACAAGAAAGGUAAAGAGGGGAAAAGGUACUUUUUUUUUUCCCCACAGAUAAUGAGUGCUAUUUCGAAAAAAAAGCCACAUAGGCAAUCAGAAAUUAAAAUAGAAGUAGAUAAGAUCGCCUUAACUGAAAAAAAAAAAAAAUUAAGGCAAGGGUUUGUUGCUUUUUUAAUAAAAGGUGAUGAGGAGAGAGAGGGAAAGUGGUAACAUUUAGAUCCUAACACUGUGUCCCAAUGGCAGUCAUUUUUUUGUGAACUUUCCAAGACAGAGCUUUCAGACUCCUUCCUCCGAAUACCCAAGUUUUCAGAUUCAAAGCCUACAUCAAACUGAGCAUUCCUGCCUGAUGCAUCCUCUUUUUUUUCUUACCCUAACCUACACUUUACUUCUGCUGAGAUGCAGGAGCAGUGUUAGUUCCUCUCUGCACAUCCCCAACAAUGCUUUCCUAUUGGGAGAACCGUUGCGCAGCCUAAACAGCCUGCUGCCUUUCCCAGCUGAAUGAAGUUUCUGUGUGUUGCCUCCUCUCAGAUUUACACCCCACCUGCACCACAGGCUUGUAGACAACCCAGUUUGGGCUCAGGUUCCCUCUAGCACCAGGAAUACUGAAUGUAUGGGGGUGCCAGUGCCAGCUCACUCAGGGCAGUGUGUUCUCAAGGCCCAGACCCACUGGGAACUUACUAUGUACAUCAAAAACAUCACUCCAGUCUUAACCAUGGCUAAAUGCUGUAGAUUGUAUUGUGAAGGACCUGAUCUGUUUACUAUGAAUCCAUUGUAACUUCUGCUUCCAUAUUUCCUUUAAAGAAGUAUUCCUGGAUGUUACAUGACAAUUUUAUUAUGUGAAAGUACAUGCAAACUGUAGAGUGUAUAUAUUGUGUCAUUAUAUGGGGUCCACGGACGGUACACUGUGUUCCAUGGCUUACACCGGAGCAAACUUCAGUUGUUAAAUCCUGAAAGACACCUUGAAGCACAAUUUCCUCACUGCUGAUUUGCCAUAUAAUUUACCACGUUCAGCCUUUCCUGUUUUCUUUACUUGCAAUCUGAUCAUACUAAAGCCUGAUUACAACAGUAAUUUUGUGAGGAUAAAUACGUUUUUUUUCACAUCUCAGUUCACUUAACUAUUAACUUAUUUGAAUGUCUGCAGUUUAUCCGGACAGAUCUGUAAGUUUAAACUAUCAAAAAUUUAAAAACUUACAAUCUUUUUUUAGUUUUCUUUUCCUUUUUCUUAACUUUUUAUGGUGCCUUUCUUGCCUUUCACAUGAAGCCUCCUGCUGCCCUAAGCAUAAAUAUGCAGUUAGGGUUCAGUUAAGGAGAAAGAGAUUGGGCACAUGGCAAUCGUGUGUCUGUAAUGAAACUCCCUUCCCCUCCUUGAGGAGAUUGAAAAAUCAAGGCAUCAUGAAUUGAACACCACUUUUCCACCUUCAUCUAUGUAAGCAGAUGAUUGCAUCACAUUGCAUCAAUGGGAUAACUGAGCAUUGCCCCUGCCUGUACCAAUUCCACACAGAAACAGGGCCUUGGGUUUUGCUGAUAAUUUAUCUCACAGAAACUUGGUAUUUUUGCCUUAAAUGACAUGCCUGAAUCCUUCUAAUUUUAAGUUAAUUUAUUUAAUACAACUUUGUGCACAAAAGAAUAAGUUCUAUAAAUGAUGUAUGAAAAUGUUAAUAUCUUUACAAAGUACUAAUAAAUCUAGAAGAUCAUAUCUUUUCAAAUUAUAGUUUAAAAUCCUAAUUUGUUUUCUUUUAUGCUCAUCAUUAUUAUUUUUGCAGCUGCAAGUCUUAUCAUAUAGGGGUUUUUAACAUAAUAUUGAUAGGAAAUAGAAAGAGUAGUGAAUAUAUGAAAUUUUAAAGAGGAAGAAUUGUUUGUUUGGAUUUUUUAUAAGUUUUACUUAUAUUUCCUCAUGAGGAGUUUCCUGUUUCUAUGCUCUCUCUUUGAAAGACAGUGUCAUGACUGACAAUCAUUCAUUAGUUUCACAAAAGAAGGGCCUGUCUGGCUUUUCAAGUCUUGUUCUGAGCUGCUUAUUAAAAUCCAGCUCAUGACAGCUAAUAAGAAGUGUUCAUGAGUCGGGACAAAAGACAAUUUUUUUUCUGAUUUACAAUCCACUUGAGGAUUGUUGGACGAGAGAAUUCGAACUUAAGUAAAAGCUUCAGGAAUUAAGCAUUAUCCAAAUAACUGUUUUCUGAUCAGCAUGUUCUUCUACCUGAAUGGAGGACUGAAUAGUUUUGAUGACUAUUAUUUGUUUAAGAAUUUGUAUUUGCUCCUGGCUUAUAUUAUCUAUACUUUCUAUUUAAAUAUGAAUAUGAUGUUUUAGCCUAGGGUUCGACAUUGCAAAGAUCAUACACUUUUAUUCACAGUGCCCACAGUUGUUCCAUGUUUUUGAGAUAAUCCUAUUAGAGUGACUGCUCUCAUUAUAGUAUGGUGAUGAGUAAUUCACCUGCUUUUGUGAUAAGUCAAAUCAUGCUGAAUGGCUGAUGUAUAGUAGACCAUCUGAUGUACUGUAGUAUUUCUGGAUUGGGACCUGCAAUCCUUACUCAAGCAAAAAUUCUAUGGAAUUCAUUCAUUUUAUGAAAUUCAAGAAUUUUUCUUGAAAUGGGAACUCAGAUUCAAAUCCUGAUUUUGUUGGGCAUCUGUUUAAAGUGAAAAUGGUAAUAUUCCAGUUAUUUCCUGAGGAAACUAAUACUUAGCUGAAUUUACCCAUGUCACAUUGACUAUAUAAAAAAUAACGCACAAAGUACUGAUGUAAAAAGGGAAGAAGUGAAGGGACAAUUUUAAAAAGCACAGAGAAUAAUCAGAAAAUUGGAGCAAGCAGGAAAACAUAACAGCAAAGGAAUGAAAAAAGGGUUUAAACACCUGAGGCUAAAUUCAUCCUUGGAUGGCUUCACUGACUUCAAUGCAUUCAUUGCCCAACUGAGUGAAGCUCUGCCUCCGUUGGGAUAACCAGGCUCAGUUCCACUGACCUUAAAGGAACUGAACCCACAUAUACCAGAAAUGAACUUGUCUCUCUGGGCCAACUUUUAUCCUGACUCAUAUGUCAUGCAAUCCUUUUGGAUUCACUGGGUUUGAAUGAAAUACAGGUCAGAAAAGAAUUUGUCCCAGAUAUUUCUGCUUCACAUUUUUUUCCAAGUGUGUUAAUUGACUUAAUUCAAGUGGAUUACAACAUUACACGGCGUCCUGUCACUGUCUAAAAAGGUUAAUUAGUUUUUGAAAUAAGACUUGUCCCCUGCAAUGUCAGUGGAAUCAUGCAAUAUUUUCCUGUCCGUUCAUCUGGAUGCAAAUGUGGCCAUUCAUUCAGUUGUGGUCACACAUAGGACAAUUCCAGACAUACCCAAUAUCAUCUGCUAUUGGAAGAAUUUUUGACUUCUUUGAAAGCCAAAAGACAGUUUUGUAGCAGGCUUAGAAAGCACGAUGGCUGCUUCCACUGACACUGCAACAACAUUAGCCAGUACAUUACAAUGUUAAUUGUAAAUUCUUGACAAAGUUGAAUCCAUAUUGUUGUUAAUAAAAAUGAUUUGAAAAGUA